UAAUUGUAAUUGACCAACAAAUCUAUGGUUAGGUUUCAAUUCAUCAUUUCUACAUGAGUUUUGUUUUAUGGUCUCUUGGUUUUCUAACUGGCUACUCAGAGAAGAUUUCCAGAUGCUGUCUCUUGGUUGUUUGGUGUCUCACUGGAUAUCUUCAUGGUUCUCUCUGUAUUCGCCGGUUGGGAUUCCUUUGUGAUUCUAGAUGCCUUCGGUAAUGGUCUUCAUCUUGGGCUUGAAUGUGCUGGUAAUUCACACUCUAUCUGGUUAGAAGCAAGAACAAAUCUUCGAAGAAUCUUGGAAACCCUUUCAAUAUUCAGAGAAUUUCUGAACAUCAUUUGUAGAUUAGCCCUCAUUCCUUAUUCCUCUUCUGGAUCUGUCUCCUUAUGGCUGGUUCUGCAACAAAAGCUGGAUAUUCAUCUUCUUCACAUUUCUCCUGGCGAUUGGUUUUCUGGCUGGAUAUUCAUCUUCUCUCCUGCUAUGAAGAAAGAAACUCAUGUCUUUUGGUGUCACUGGAAUAGUUGACAAGGUAGAAAUCAGAGUACCCAAAUCCACUCCUAAAAUCCCAAGGCUCACAACACCUCCAAUUGUUCAGUCAUCAUUUAC